CUGGGAGAAGAAUUAUUACAUGAAGAACUCUGACAUGACAGCCUACAAGAGACAGUAUUACGAUUCUCUUCUGAAUUAUCAACGAGCAAAAGCCGUGACGAAUUCAAUGACCCCAAUGCCAUCGACAAGUACAUAUGAUUCUUCAUAUUACGAGUACUUGCAACAACACCAGUGGAUGUAUCAGCAGCGUUUAAUAAUGGGACAUCAAUAUGCACAGAGAUUAAUUCAGCCUGAAUUUUCACCUCUUCGUAAUCCCUACGGACGAUUUAACGAGUGGAUGCCCAAUUGCACUACUUCCCGACAAUCGCAAGAGGCAUUUGGAUAUUACAGCACCAAUUGCCCCCCGGAUUACGAGGCAAUGGCGAAACAUAAGUCGAAUUUUUCGGGAGAAUCUGAAGUGAAAAAGGAAUAAUAAUCAUUUUUAAA